AAUUGUUUUCCGGAAGUGAGAGCAGUUCGUGCACGCAGUGUAGGAAGGGUCCGGAGCCGGCGGCUUGGCUGCUCCGUAGCUCGGACCCCAGCCUCUGUCACCUUGCCAUUGGGACUUUUCUGGAGGAUCUUGUUCUUAAUGUAGAGUGAUACAGCACACACAGAAACUACUUGUACAGUGAAGCCUUCAAAUAUUGUCUUCAAACUGUUGGACUCUCACCUUUCCAAAAUAAUCCUAUUGAAAUCCAGUGGAAUCAAAGCUGGAACCGUUGCUCUCAGUCAAAGGAUGUCUGGAUUCCCAUUGUUAGUGGAAGGACUGCCCGUCAGUCUUGACUCAGUUAAAAAUAAACUAGCCAUUUAUUUUCAAAGCAAGAAGAAAUCUGGGGGCGAUGAAUGUGAGAUUAAAGCUCACGCUGAUCCAACAAAAUUCUUGGUGUAUUUUGAAAGUGAAAAAGUGCAGAAACAUGUUGCGAGAAGGGAGUUCCACAUGGUGCAGCUUCUAGCUCCAGAGCCAGUCCGUCUUCGCGUUACAAUCUAUGAGGGGGAUGAUGGUAGUGAAAGUUCUGUGAACCCCAUUGGAGCGACACCUGAUACCAACAGAGGGCCAGCGGUAGAACAAAGUUUACUGUUGACCACUUCAAGCAAACAGAGUGAACGUGAACAGAGCCAGCCAAAGGAAGUUCAGAUUCCAGAAACUCUACCACAACAUCAAGAGUCAGAAUUCUCUUCUAACCAGCUCCUGGUUAGCAGCAACUGUCCAGUUGAUACAGAGUUGGUUGCUAUGUUUUUUGAAAAAAUUUCACCAGAUGUAGAAGUUUCUGCCAACAAUGAAUGCUCUUGGAUUUUGACUUGCCUUAGCCAACAUGACCUAGAAAAAAUUAUUUCACGAAGGCCAUAUACCAUCGCUGGCACAACACUGGAAGUGCAAUUAUAUGAUGAGCGUAAAGAAGAUGAGAAGUAUGAAUCCAGGAAGUUUGUUCUUAAGGGUUUUGAUGGUUCCUUUAAGCUGUCGUAUAUUUCACUUUACAUUGAUAGCCUCAGCAGCAACAUAAAGCAUGAUAUUGAACCUUUGCAAGAUGGUACAACAGUGGCGGUCACAUUUAAAACUGAUAUAGAUGGUAAUGCUUUUGUGCGUAAUUGUCAUCAGAAGCCAUUUCAAAAAUGCAGUAUCACCGCCAGUCGCCUAGAGAAGACAGAUUCUGUGCUAAUAGAAAGACUUCAUCCCAAAAUCACAGAAGAAUUGCUGGACUUGUACUUUUCAAAUGCCUCUCGCAGUGGUGGGGGAGAAAUUGCAGACAUUCAGAUGAACGACCGUGAAAGAAGAGCGAUUAUACGUUUCUGUGAUCCUGAAGUGGUAAGAAAAGUCACCGAAAAGGAACAUUACUUAAAGGAUUCUCGUCUGACUGUUAGCUGCUAUUACCAUGACCUGCAGCUAUCCUUGUAUGGAGCUAAUAGUUCAAAAGACAACCUUCCUGAACCGUUUAGCAUUUAUUUCAAUCCCUCACUUCUAAACUACAUCCAGACUAAUAAGCAGCAUUACACUCAUGAGUUGGAACAAAUUGCAAAGGAUUUUCAUUGUAACAUAAUCUUUGAAGACACUCCAAAUUCAAAGGAAAUAAAUCUGAAACCUUCUUUAGAUGCAGAAGUAUUGCUGUGGUACAAAGUUGCGAAGAAUUGGAAGAAGCUUGCUACAGAGGCAGUUCAGAAGUUUAAGAAGAGAUUUGAUUUCAAAGACUUCCCAAUAGAUCAAGAUUUGUGGAAAAAAGUAGAGUGCGAUGUCAAACAACUAAAGUUACCCUGCUUAGAUAUCCAUCAUCUUCCAGUAGAAAACAAGAUAGUUGUUGUUGGAGAAGAGAGGAAUGUUUCGGAUAUCUCCAGAAAGCUACAAGCUAUUUUAGAAAAUGAAAGGAACACUAUUGAAGAGGAGAUUGCAUUUGAAAGUUCUGAGGAAUUGGAGUUUCUGCAAGCUAUAUUAAAAGAUAGUGUUUCCUUUGUGAAAAUAUCUAUCAGCAGUGUUAGCCCUGCUUUAACACUUAAAGGAUUGAAAGAGAAAGUUCGCCAAGCUCAAAACCUCAUCAGCGUCUUCCAAUCCGAACUGGAAAAGAAGCCUCUCAAUCAGUCCUCCCACAUGAAAGAUUUUGUAAAAUCCCUGGAUCUCAAGAACAUUGUGCAAACUCACUUUGUUCCAGAUAAAGUUCGGGCUACGCUAAUGAUUAGGGAGUCUGUUGAACUCUUGGCUUUCAAGACUGAUGUAAAGAAAGCAGAAGAUAAGAUAAAGGAGCUAUUCCAAGAAGAGGUAGUUACCAUCAUUCCAGAACAAAUUCAAGUCACCCAGGAUGUCAAAUGGACUAGGUUCCUUGAUGAUUUAAAAGCUCAGCACAAACACAGUUGCAGAAUAGUGGAGAAGAAGAAUCCAGCCUCUAUAAUAAUUGUCGGAUUUUCAAGCCAUGUUGCAGAUGUUGCAAAAGUACUGAAAAGUUAUUUAAAUAAGAAGCAGCUGACCAUGAAGUUCAUUUCUGCAGCAGUUGUCCACGUAAACUAUAUGGAAAAAUUUUCAAUUCUGAAAGAAUUCCAAAGCAAAGGAGUUGGCAUUUCGUUUAUCAGAGCACCUAGUCCAGGUGUUCAAGUAACUGACAGAGCAGAACAAAUAGAUGAGACAGUUUCUGCUAUUAAGGAUAAGUUAGGGCUAGUUCAUAAACAAACCUUCACUUACUCCAAGGCAGGAGAGUCGACUGCUCUCAACAGGCAUAAUGACACUCUACAAGCCAAAGCUGUAAAUCAUGAGUGCAUGUUGUUCAUUAGUGUCAAAGAAGAAUUUCAGAGUGGAGUAGACCUUACAAAGCAUGUUAGGGGACAAGGCGGCAAGGACGUUAAACUAGGCAUAACUGGAGACUUCUGUUUUCCUGUUCAGGCGAAGAGUCUCAGACCUGAAAUAUUAUCUUCUUCUUAUCCCAUAUGGGCAUCUUUUUUAAAUUAUGUGCAGCAGUUUUUAAAAUCAUUAUCUAAACUUCUCUCAGGCCCAACAGUAAAAAUGUGUGGAAUAACAGUACAACUGAAGAAGGGUGAUAUCACCCAAGAAAGAACAGACAUCAUAGUGAAUUCUACAAACGCGAACUUAAAUUUAGAUUCUGGUGUCUCUGGUGCAAUACUAAAAGCUGCAGGUAGUUCUGUAAAGGCGGAAUGUGCUGCUCAAGGUUCUCAACCAGAUGGGAGUAUUGUAGUGACCAGCAGUGGCCAACUUCGGUGCCAAUAUAUUGUGCAUGUGAUACGUGCAGUGAAACCAGCUAUCAUCACUGCAUCUGUAAGCAAGGUCCUUCAGGAAUGUGAAAAGCUGAAUGUCACCACUGUCGCAUUCCCAGCCAUGGGGACAGGUAAAGGAGGGGUCACUGCUGAAGAUGCCAUCAACGCAACAUUCAGAGGACUGGAGAAUUAUUUCUUGAAUGUUACAUCGUCUAACAUGAAAACCAUUUCCAUCGUUGCCUUUGAACCACACAUAUAUGAUUAUUUUGCUGAUUUUUUCAAUAAAAAGGUAUGUAACUCCACUGCAAGUGCAAUGGCUACGGCUCCAGUCACCGUGAAUUCAUCAGUUCAACAAAAAAACCUGUUACCUACACAGCUGAAAAUCCAAAACACUAUUGUAGAGGUAAAGGCAGGGGAUAUAACGCAAGAAAAUGUCGACGCAAUAGUAAAUUCCACAAAUACUACACUGAAUCUCAAUUCCGGUGUCUCUAAAGCAAUAUUAGCAAAAGGUGGCCAGACUGUCACUGAUGAAUGCAAGAACUUGGUUCCUCAACCUAACAACGGUGUUGUCGUCACUGGAAGUGGACAACUUCCCUGCAAGCACAUCAUACAUAUGGUUGGUCAGACAGAUCCAGCACUGAUUACAGCCUCAGUAGAAAAAGUACUGGAGGAAUGUGAAAAGAACAACAUUACUACAGUUACUUUCCCUGCUCUGGGAACAGGUGUAGGAAAUGUCAGAUCCGAAGUCUCUGCUGAAAGCAUGCUGGUUGGAUUUGAAAAUCAUCUGGUACGAAACCAGUCAUCAAUUAUUCAAUUCAUUUAUAUGAUUGCCUUGGAGCCCAAUGUGCACAAAGUUUUCAGUGAUGUCUUGCAAGAAAAUUCGCAGCAGAAACUGCAAACAUUUGGAAUGGACAUUGGCAAUGUAAAAGUGGUGGUUGUCCAAGGAGACAUUGUUAAAGAAAUAACGGAUGCAAUUGUAAACUCUACAAAUGUCCACCUUAGCUUAAAAACAGGGGUUUCUCAAGCUAUUCUGAGAGCAGGUGGUCAACAAUUAGAGGACGAAUGUAAGGCACUGGGAGUCCAGAAUGAAAAUAGUGUUGUGACCACAGGGGCAGGAAAUCUUCAUGUAAAAUAUGUAAUACAUAUGGUUGAAUGGACAAAAGCAAAUGACAUAAAAGGAUCUAUUGGCAAAGUUCUAGCCGAAUGUGAAAAAGUCCAAAUAAAUUCUGUGUCUUUCCCAACCAUUGGAACAGGAGCUGGAAAACUACAUCCCUCUGUUGUUGCAAAUGCACUUCUGGAUGCAAUACAUAAAUAUGUGACAGACUAUGUUCCAUCUGCACUCUCUGAGAUACGAAUAAUACUGUUCACUCCAAUAACAUCAAAUCUCUUUCACAAAUGUAUGAAACGACGUUUCACAACUUGGCAGUACGAUGAACAAACAACUUCACCAUUGGAUCCUGGUCAUCAAAUUGAACAGGUCAAACCAGUUGAAUAUGUUUAUCCAAUCGUUAUAAAUACAAAAAGGCAGUUGACCAGCACAAUUGAGAUAUAUGGCAUGUCGGACAAAAGUAUCGAUGAGGUUCGAAAGAAUGUUGAAAGUCUAAUUAAGCAAACUUGUAAAAGCAAAACAAUAGAAAAUGAAGGCACAUCCUACUGUUCUCUCGAUCAAAUGCAAAAACUUGUAGAUCUCUGUGAAAAUCUACAACUCAGAGUUGAAAUCCAGCCAAACAAUAUAAUAAUAAAUGGAUACAUUGAAGAACAUGUAGAAUUCAUUAUGAAAUUUAAUUCCAUGGUUCAUUCCGCCAAGGACCAAAUGAGCAGGAAACAGGAAGAGGCUCAGACUAAGGCAUUUGUGCAGUGGGAGUUCGAGCAUCAGGGAAAAUUUCAACCAUACGACCAGUCUCUAAACUGUGACCUUGAGAAAGCUUCCCGGCAGAAAACAGAAAUCCUGACAGUCAAGAAAAAUGGUGAAACUCACACUAUUAACUUCAAGAAAAUGCAAGUGACAGAUUCAAAAGGAAAUACGUCUCUAAUUAGGAGGCAUUUUGAAGGAGGUACGUUUGAACUCCCAGGAUCCUGGAGCAACAUGACCGGUCUGGAACUUUUACAGGUGGAUCUUCCAAAUGGCACAGAGGAAUACAACAAGGUGGCAGACAAAUUCAAGAAAUCUUGUCAAAAUCACUUGGUGAAAAUAAUCGAGAUCAAAAGGAUCCAGAAUCGCAAGCUUUGGCAAAGUUAUUCUGUAAGAAAGCAAACAGUAGAAAGAAAGCUUCCUGGGGCAAAUGUUGAACGGAUUCUUUAUCAUGGGACUACCAAGGAAAUUACCAACAAAGUGAACAGUACUGGUUUCAAUAGAAGCUUUUGUGGAAGAAAUGCCACUGCAUAUGGAAAAGGCACUUACUUCGCCUUGAAUGCCGCUUAUUCGUGUGACAACAAGUACUCCAGCCCUGACAAUGACGGAACUAAAUUCAUCUACCAGGCACGGGUGAUCACUGGGAAUAUGUGUAUUGGAAAUAACCAGUUGCUAGAGCCAACACCAGUAAAUGCACAGCUAGAUCCAAAUAACCUAUGCGACUGUGCCGUGGAUAAUUUAACAAAACCCACCAUCUUUGUUGUUUUUUGUGAUGACGGAGCAUAUCCAGAAUAUCUAAUAACCUUUAAAACAGAGGCACAGUGAGGCUGAAGUAGCAUACUUUGCUGACAUCACUUCAGUGGUUUUUUUUGUUUUUCAAUAUUUUUGCUUAUAUGUGAUUUAUUUAGAAUUGUAUAAAUUGCAUUCUUGCCAUUAAUGAUUCAUUCUGUUAGCAUCGUGAAGCAUAAUGCACUAUUUUCAAACAAUUCAUUGCCAAAUGGAUAAAAGCUACAAUCUUAACUCAGGGAUUGAAUGUAGGGAUAGGCAAAGCAAAAAUAAAAAAUAAAAAAAAUAGACAAAAAGUAUAAAUUUUUGACUUCUAAGGUUUAUAACAUUUUUUAAAACUGACUCUUACCCAAUCAUUUUUGAGCAAUCCUGUUAUUCUGAAAUACAACAAAUGACGUAAGGUGACGAGUGACCUUGGCAGGAAAAGUAGGAAGGAUCGAUCUCUUACAGCAGAGGAGUCAAAUAACAUGGAGAAGAGGGAUAGGUAAGAUGAUUGGGGACAGGUGAGACUUUAACUGAGGAUGAUAGAGGUUGAAGCUUGCCUUACGAAAGUGUGCGAGAGUCAGAAACCCUCAACAUAAUAUAUUUAGCAAUACUGUACUGGAAGAUCUGUGAACUGCUUGGUUUUGAGCCUAGUGCUCAAUUAAGUUGGGUGGCUCUUUUCCAACUCGCUGGUUGAGAUGAAUGUCCUUCUGCCUGCAAAAUCUGCAAUGGUGCAAUGUAUUAUGAAUGAUAAUCCAUUAAGAAUAUUAUGUAAGUCACUUUCAUGACAUAAAUUUAAUUUAAUAAAGUAUAUAGCUGUAUAUUGUACUUGUGCUUCUCAUAAGUUUCAUGUAAAAGAAUUUGCAAAGAUAUGAAUGCAGAUCCCUUGAAAACUGAGGCAGCAGAAAUGAUCCUGGAGACUAAGAAAACUAUACAAGAAAUUUGUGUUUGUUGUUGUGGUAGAAAACACAGAAUAAACUCCAGGAAAUAAUGAAGAACGUGUCUGGAGAGGUUGAGGAGCUGAAGGAAAUUAGCACAAGUAUAGCAAGUACUGGACAAAUUAAUUGGACCAAAAGAACCAGAAACAGAUUACCUGCAUCCCAAGGUUUUGAAGGAGAUGACAGAUACACUGAUGUUCAUUCUAGCUUUUGUCAUCCUUUAGGAACAGACAUUUAAUUUUUUGCCUGCCCUUAGACAGCAGUCUGCCCAUGCUAAAGGAAUAGAACAAUAUGGAUUUUUCAGUAUCAAUCACUUGAUCACCAGCAAGUGGGAAGCCAGUUUGGUGGAUGUUGUCUAAACCAAAUUAUUUUGUGCCUAUUAUCUACAAUGUUCAGGAAUGGAACUUUGUUCCUUGUAAAUAACAACACAGGUCCUGGCACAAAAAAUAUUGUACUUUACUGCCCUCUGGUGUUGUAAUAUUGAAAAAGCAUGUCACUGAACACGCAUGUUAUUGUGACAUUAAAAAAAAGUUUGUUAUUGAACUGAAAAACAUAAGCGUUCAACAUCAUAAUGCUUUUGACAAUGUUUUCACUUAAUCUUUUGUGCAGGGAGACUUUGGAUUUGCAAUUACCAGUGUGGCCAUCAAUUUUCAAAGCAAUCUAGAAAAUAGUGUUUCAUGGAUAUUUUUAUGUAGUUCUGGGGAUCUAUAUAUGAUAUGAUAGCUUGGCUGAAUUAUUAAACAUCCACCUUUAUCAUAAGAAUAUAGAAUCAAGCUCAAAUAGGAAUUAAUAAUAUAAUGUAGUUUUGGGGGCUUUUAGCUUAAUUUCAAAUAUAGUCAUAGCUGCUAGUUAAACAAGAAUUUGCAAGGUUUCGUGUUUAUACUCGUUGUGUCAUAAAAAAGCUGUAGAAAUGUAAUAGUUAAAAGGCAGACAGUGAAGCUAAUAUAUUAAGCACAAGAUAUUCUGCAGAUGCUGAAAAUCCGGAGCAACUUGCACACAAAAUGCUGGUGGAAUUCAGCAGGUCAGGCAUCAUCUAUGGAGGGAAAUAAUAGGUCGAUACUUCAGCCGAGAUCUUUCAUUAGGACUCAAGUGAAGCCAACAUACCCACGGCAAUGGGGUAAAUAAUGUUAAACUAUGUUUGAAGUUCAUGAUUUUGGAUAGUUUGCAUCUAGUUGCAGUCGUAGAUUUGUGCAGCACAAAAGUGUGCCCUUUGGCAUACUACCUCUUCACCCAUUUAAACUAAUUUCCAUGUGUGUGUGUCACUCCAUUCAGGUGCCUGUUUAAAUGCAGUGAUAGUAUAGUGUGCCCCUGUGCCAAGCAGUUCAGGUGAUGAAAAUUUGCCUUAAUGUAGUUCAUAACUCACUACCAAAAUACUUUUAAAUUCUGUAAAAAUAAAAUUUUAUUUCUUGUGAGCGAAAAAAAAUGAAUAAAUUCAAUGCAAAAGA